AGAGCCUUCGACUCUAUGGUCAUUCUCGCCCCCUCCCGUGAGCAAGAGCGACCAGAAACCUCCUAUAUACUUCCGUUUCCGGCCCGGCCUCUCUCUUUCCCUGCCGAUAUCGCUCUCGCAAACAUGGUGAACGUUCCAACCCGCCGUACUUUCUGCAAGAAGUGUGGCAAGCACCAGCCCCACAAAGUGACACAGUACAAGAAAGGCAAAGAUUCUCUUUAUGCCCAGGGAAAGCGGCGUUAUGACAGGAAGCAGAGUGGCUAUGGUGGGCAGACUAAGCCGAUUUUCCGGAAAAAGGCUAAAACUACAAAGAAGAUUGUGCUGAGGCUUGAAUGUGUCGAGCCCAACUGCAGAUCUAAGAGAAUGCUGGCUAUUAAGAGAUGCAAGCAUUUUGAACUGGGAGGAGAUAAGAAGAGAAAGGGCCAAGUGAUCCAGUUCUAAGCUUCGUAUUUUGUUACAUUAUGAAGACAGUAAAAUCUUGAGGUUCCAUUCACUUCAUUGGGUCGCAGUUGGUCUUGUAAGAAGGAAAUAAACUAGUGCCAUCAAUAAAAUUCCCCUUGUGGGGCAGUUUAUGCCUGA